CAGCCAUUGGCUUGUUGCACCUCUCUCACUACCAGCCUCCUUUGGACUGAAAGUUCUUCAGUUGUCGUAGCGUCACACUGGCCCAGCAGCUUGACAUCUGUGCCGUGUGAUGAAAAGUCUGAGUGCUGAGCAGAAAGAGGGACACACACAGAGAACAUUAUAUUUCGCUGUCUAGUAAAUGAAACCAAAAACAAUCAUGACGGACAAUGUGCUGGGUGAGGGCAAACUGGACCCAUAUGUCAGUGCUUUAGGAUGGCCAGUGACGGCUCGAACAUUACCAGUCCUGUGGUACGUCAGAUUGACAAACAGUUUCUGAUCUGCAGUAUUUGUCUGGAUCGUUACAAAAUUCCUAAAGUUCUCCCCUGUCUUCACACCUUUUGUGAGAGGUGUCUGUUGUCUCCUCCAACAGUGAAGGCAUUACUGCUUUCCAUUAGAGAAAAUGUGGAUAGAAAUUUCCACUGCACAGUCAGCAGUGGGAUCUGCUUCGAGGAAUUUUCCAAGCAGGGCACUAAGGGAAGAAAUAAAGGGGAAUUCACUAAUUUACAGGGAGUGGCAACUUCCACCAGUGGAAAGAUCAUGAUUGCAGACAGUAACAAUCAAUGUGUACAGAUUUUCUCAAAUGAUGGCCAAUUUAAAAACCGGUUUGGUGUUCGUGGCCGAUCUCCUGGGCAGCUGCAGCGUCCAACAGGAGUAGCUGUACACCCGAGUGGUGACAUUAUCAUCGCUGAUUAUGACAACAAGUGGGUGAGCAUUUUUUCACCAGAUGGGAAAUUCAAGACUAAGCUAGGCUCUGGGAAGCUUUUGGGACCAAAAGGUGUUGCAGUGGAUCGGAAUGGUCAUAUAAUUGUAGUGGACAACAAGGCUUGCUGCGUCUUUAUUUUUCAGCCUAAUGGGAAGCUGGUGACAAAAUUUGGUAAUCGAGGAAACAGUGACAAGCAGUUUGCAGGGCCUCACUUUGCAGCAGUCAACAACAAUAAUGAAAUCAUUGUUACAGAUUUUCAUAAUCAUUCUGUUAAGGUAUUUAACACAGAUGGCGAGUUUGUGUUAAAGUUUGGUUCCAAUGGAGAAGGAAAUGGCCAGUUUAAUGCUCCCACAGGAGUGGCAGUGGAUUCCAAUGGAAAUAUUAUAGUUGCUGACUGGGGAAACAGUCGUAUACAGGUUUUUGAUGGAAGUGGAUCGUUUCUCUCCUAUAUUAACACCUCAGCUGAUCCUCUUUAUGGACCUCAAGGUCUAGCAUUAACCUCAGAUGGUCAUGUAGUAGUAGCUGACUCUGGAAAUCAUUGCUUUAAAGUUUAUCGCUAUUUGCAGUAACAGCUGCUUUUUGGAUCUAUAAAUCCAAUUGGAACUGGAUUCCGAUGAGUUCCUAUGUUAACUCACUAAGUUUACUUUUAGGAUGGGAGUGGCCUGUUGAAGAUUGUUUUUGUUUGUUGCCUUUUCCUGCCCCAGGUUAUUUAAGUAAACUAAAUGUGGAAGAAUAUGUGCAGUUUUAUACCCAGGAUUUCCUCUAACUUUCAUUGUGCUGUGGUCUAGCCACAAAGGAAUCGAACAGUGUUAUCAUAAAACUAAUAAAUUAAACAGAUGAUUGCACAUUUUGGAUAUGCAGACAAAUAAUGGAGAAUGUAGCUAGCUGCUCAUGAAUUUAGGAAUAAAACGUACUAGCUAAUUAUUAAACAGAAACUGCGUUCAUUCUGUACUGGGAGCUUUCACAUCAAAUAUCCAAAUGUGCGUGUGUGUGUGUGUCUGUCUCUGUCUCUCGAGUAUGUGGUUGCAAAUGAGCAAAUGGCAGAAAGCAGCCAUUCUGGGUGACAUUCAAGAGUAAAUUGAGCACCUGAUUUUGAGCUUAUGGAUGUCUUUCUGAUUCUUAAAUUUAAUGACUGUUGCUGCCCUUGUUCACAGCUACAUUUUUAUUUUUUAUAACAUAUAUAUAUAUAUAUCUACUCUCUGACUAGGUCUUACUAUUAAACCCUUGUAUUUUAGUAUGGAGGGUACAUCACUGGAAGUCUGUAGUGAAUGCAUUAAGUCAUUUUCUCACAAUUGCGUCACAUUAAUGCGGACAUUCCAUUAAAUAUCCCAAUUAGCUAUGAUACUAAUUCCAGAAUAAUACCACUUAUUUUGCACCAGGGUGUAAUGGUAUAAAGCAAUUCUGCAGCAAAUUCAUGAGGGAAUUGACAGCCUAGUAUAUAUUGUGCUUUAAUUCCUUGACAACUUUUAAAAUAAUGGCAUCAAAUAUAAGAAACCUGGUUGUUUUAUCACAAUUCCUGGUUUUAACCAAAGUCCAUGAUGCAUGCUAUGUGCCGCUCUGUUAGCUGUGCAAUCUGUCACUUUUGAUGCAAGAGAUCAAGCUUGAAAAGAAUAAAACAUUAAUACUAGCCUUGGAUUAUUUAAUGUAUCCUAAAUUAAACAGGUAUAAUCCUGCUGAGCAAAAGGAUACAAAAUGAAAGUACGUGUACGCCUUCAUUAAAAUUUCCACUGCCGCUAUUUAUUGAACUUGCUCGGUUUGUUGAAUGAUUUGCUAGUUUUUCUUGCAGUCUACUCAGGUAAUUAGUCGCAUCUAUUUAUCAUUAUUUUAAUUUGUGCUAAGGUUGCAUAAUUGGAAAACAUUUGUCAAUCUUUUGAAAUGCACUAAAAUAUUAAAAGUUGAUUGCUCAUUUACAUUCGACAUGACUAUAAUCUCUUUUAAUCUGUGGCUGCUGUUUUAGAACUAUUUAAUUGCUGAAGUGCACAUUUUUUUUUCAUGUGGGGAUGGGAAGUGUGUGAAGAGGAGGAAGAAAAAUCAAGAUAAUGUAAAUGGUUAAUAAUGUGUGUAGAUUAGUAAUCCUUUAUUUGGACCAGUAAUUAACUGCAUUCUCCCUUGUGGGAAAUAAAGAACAAAGUACUGCAUUAGGCUGUAAAUUUAACAUUAUGUUUGUAAAAAUGCUCAACAAAACUAUUUAUAUUUUAUCUCAAUGUAUUAACAAAUGCCUCUGUUGCCAAAUGUUCGGGGAAAUUGUUUGGAAGAAUAUGUUCAAAACACUGAACAAUGAUGCUAAAGGUGGUAUUUUGAGUAGCUGAAGCUUGGAUGUGCUGUGUGUAAGUGUAAGCCCUCUUGCUCUCCUUUUUUGUUGUAUUUAAAAGACUGGAAUAGGUGACUCCUGUCUCCUCUCCCGCCACGUACCCAUCACUGAAGUUUGCAUGGCAUGUAACAGCAUGGCCUUAACAGGUGUACUCUUAUGUACAGUUUCUGACGAGAGUUUCCACAAGAAAAGUUUGGGUUUCUGCAUUUGUGUGUGCAACAAAACUGGAAUUCAGUUUAUCAACUUGGGCAUUUUUGUUGUAAGUUCCAUGUUAAAUGCUUCUGCUAAUGUUUUGAGGGACAAUUUAUGCAUUGUUUGAAUGUUACAACAUUCCAUCAUUGUGAUUCAGUUGAAAAGAACUUGUUUUGUGUACAGCACAUGGGGAAAAUAAAAUGUCAUGCAUUCAAAA